CCCGUCCAGUUCCAGGCCGCCGCCAUUCAUCUACACCUCCAUUUCCACCUCGAUUAGAACCUCUCCCGGCCUCGAGCUCUUUCCACCCACCUCCUCUCUCCCAUCCCACUCGUCGUUGGUAUUACAAGCAUCCGGCUUCCCCUCGAGUGUCCCGCCCGUUCGAACCGCAGGCUAUACAGCUCCUCAACCGUAGACCGCCCCCAUCCCUCCCUCGCCCCUAAAAUGCGCCUCCUCGAAGCACUCGCGGCCCUUGCGGCCUACACCACGACUUCCCUCGCCCUCGCCGCCUCCCUCACACUCUCGAUUCCCUCCUCCCCGGCUCUGCCGAAUCCCUAUACCCUUCCGCCCUCGACGCGCGCGACCCUCUCCGCCCUGGGCGCCUCCUUCUCCGCCCCGCUGUCUGUCAAGAACACCUUCGUCUUCGCCAAUGUCACCGCCCCCGGCUCGUAUCUGGUCGACGUUCACUGUGCGACCCACGCCUUUGCGCCCCUGCGUCUCGACGUCGCCGCUGACGGCAGCCUGGUAGCCUGGGAGACGUACCGCGGCAACGACUGGGACAACAAGGGCGAGGUCUACGCGGCCAAGGACUUUGAGGGCGGCGGCAGGGGCUUCGAGGUGCGGGUUCUGGGAGGCAAGAACUACUUCGUCGAAAGGAGCAAGUUCUCGGUUCUUACCAUUCUCAAGAACCCCAUGAUCCUCCUUGGCCUUGUCAGCAUGGGCAUCUUCCUCGGCAUGCCCUACCUUGUUGACAACAUGGACCCUGAAAUGCGUGCCGAGUUCGAGGAGCGCCAGAAGAGCAACCCUAUGAACAGCAUCCUCGGCGGCGGCGGCGAGCCUGGCGCCAACCCUAUGGGCAACUUCGACAUGGCCGCUUUCUUGGCGGGUACCGGAAAGAAGGACGAAACACCGUCAGGCUCUGGGUCCCCGAACGGUGGCGGCAGUGGCGCCGGGAAGAAGGAGAAGGGCGUGCGGAGGUGAAGAGACAAUGCGGCUGCUGUGCGAUGUGGCGUCGAGGAAAGGAAUCAUGAAAACCAAAGAAAAGAAGGGAAAGCCAGAGAGGCAAGGUCUUGAAUGUCGGACCUGGAAGGCCCGGUACUGCGAGAGCCGGUGAUGAGUUUGCAGCUUAUUUCCUAGAUACAUGUUCAUUUAUCCUUACGGCCCCAGCUCGCCCUCGCACCAUCCCCUACGUUUGU